GCAGCAUCUGUUCAGUCCUCAAGAUCUCCUGGACAAUAAAUUAACAGGUAGGAUGUGGCAGUUUCUGGUAAUGGCAUGCUUAAUCCAUCAGACUACAAAUUCAGAAGAAUGUUUCAGCAGAACUCAUUUGAAUCCUGAAGGAUUCAUGACAGCGCCUGAAAUCAUCGAGUAUUGGGGGUAUCCCAGCGAAGAGCAUGAAGUUCUGACUAAAGAUGGCUAUUACCUUCAUUUAAACAGGAUUCCUCAUGGAAAACACUCUUCACAGAAUGAAGGGCCUAGACCAAACGUUUUAUUGGUACAUGGUUCGCUGUGGGAAGGGAGAUGUUGGAUUGCAAAUCUUCCUAGCAACAGCCUGGGAUUUUUUCUAGCAGAUGCUGGAUAUGAUGUCUGGAUAUUAAACGUUAGAGGGACCACUUGGUCUAGAAGACACAAGGAAUUUUCAAUUGACCAGCAAGAAUUCUGGGAAUUCAGUUUUCAUGAAAUGGCAAUUUAUGAUAUACCAGCAACAAUAAAUUUCAUCCUACAGAAAACAGAACAAGAUGGUUUAUAUUAUGUUGGCCAUUCCCAAGGAACAACGAUAGCUUUUAUUGCUUUGGGGCUCCUGCCCUGCCUCUCUGACAGAGUAAAGCUCAUUAUAAGCAUCGCACCCGCCUACAACCUGCAAGAUGCUCGUGGAACAUUUGUUGUCCUAGGAAAAAUUCCAGAUGGACUUAGAGAAGCAAUAUGGGGUACUAAAGAAUUUUCCAUUUCUAAUGAGAGAAUAAAAUCCAUCAUGGUCCAUGCAUGCAGCUAUCCACUGAUUGACUACCUUUGCCUACAGAACAUUUUCCUUACAGGAGGAUAUAAUCAGAAAAACUUAAAUGUAUGUCGAGCAGAUGUAUAUGCUGGGAUCAAUCCUGAUUACUCAUCUGUAAAAACUAUGAAUCACUGGAGCCAGAUUAUACGUUCUAAAGAAUUUAAAUAUUAUGACUAUGGUUAUAAGAACAUAGAAGUAUACAAUAUGACAACACCUCCGUUUUAUAAAAUAGAAGAUGUUACUGUGCCAGUAGCCGUGUGGAGUGGAGGAAAAGAUUUUCCUAUAAGCGCUCGUAAUAUAGAAUCAUUGCUUCCUCGAAUCCCUCAUUUAGUUUUCUAUAAGAAUAUUCCUGACUGGGAACAUUUUGAUGCAGUCUUGGGUUUGGAUGCUCCACAACGUUUCUAUCCCGAUGUGCUUGAAUUGAUGCAGAAGUACAAGGAUUAAUAUCAGGGUUGGAGUCUCUGGUAAAACAAAAACAACAACAUCUCAGAUGUCUAUGGUGAUUCUCAGUUUUCCAGUUCAUGGUUCAUCUUUGGAACAUCUCAGCCAUUUGCCCAUUUCUUGAAAUCUUAGAAUCCAUCUUCUUAAAUUAAAUGAUGGCUUAUUUUACAGAAAUCCAUAUAAAUCAAAGUUUCUUCAGAGAGUUAGCUGAUAUAUUAUCAAAAUUCAUCUUCGUACAUAUAGACCGUUAUUCCACAGAACCUUUGAAGAAGUUUCGGAUUAGAUCUGACUUUUCCCCCAAAAUAAUUUGUAAUCAAAGUGACUGAGCCCAAGUAUCACCUCUAGGAAAAUAGUUUUACAGCCUAAGUUUCUUUUCUUUCAUUAUUCUAAUUAAAUUGAGCAGUUUAAGCAUUGAUAAUAACUGUAAGAAGGAUGUUUUAGCCUCCUUUACUGUGUUUACUACUUUACUGAAACAAAUUCAGAUAAGGCUUAAUCUAAUUUUUGUCUAGGAAUGUUUUUGCUAUAUUAACCCACAGAUCUUCUUAUAGUUGUUCCAAGUUCCACCAUUUCUCCAGCGUUUGCAUUCUAAUUACCAUGUACCCUUGAUUGAAAUUGUAUUUGCAGUUUGUCAUUAAUUUCUCAAUGCUGUCUAUCCCUGCUUCCUAGAACUGCAUACACUUGUAUAUCAGUGAUAUUGACUGUAUAUACUGGACUUUUUUUCUGUUUAAUUGUGUUUGAUUCUCAUAAGACCAGGGGUGUCAAACUUGUGGCCCACAGGCCAGAUGCGUCACAUGCUGGCCAUGCCCACCCCUAUUCCAACAAAGGAGGGGAAAGUCACACUACGUCAUGUGACGACAACAUGACAACGCGAGAUUGACACCCCUGUCAUAGACUGCCAGGACUGCAAUUUUCUUGGCAAUAUUUUUCAUAAAUGAUUUCCAUUGUCUCCUUAUUGAAGAGCUGAGAGAAAGUGAGUGGCACAAGGUCAUUUUCUAGCUGGCUUUGGGCCUAAGGUGGAACUAGAACUCAUAGUUUCCUGAUUUCUAGCCUGAUGCCUUAACCUCUACCGCAAACUGGUUCUCAUACAUGAAGAGAGGCAGUCAUUAAUUAGAUGAUGCCUGAGCACUUACUCAGCAAUGCUUCUUUUGAAUAUAGUUUCCAUCAA